AAUGUCUUCCCCGGUAUUUACAAGAGUCGGCAAAUCACUGCUGCGUGUUUGUCUAUUGGCGCAACGUCGUGUCGUGAUUUCGUCCGGUAAUGUCACAUUAAUGCUUUGUUCUGUAUGUCUCUCCACAUUAGUAGAUAUUUCGUGGUAGGUCUUGUAAAGUAUGUGAGUAUGGAUAGCAUCAUGUUAAACUUAAAUAGCGUGUCAUGAAUUAAGUCAUUAUUGAAGACCAUGUCUAAAUUACAAUAAAGGCUGUCAAGUAAUAUAGGUAGUUCAUGCUCACAUCUCAUCACUAAUUCGUACUGUUUUCUGGUUAGUAAGCAUUUAGUAUAAUACUCAAAAAUUUGUUUCUUGUUUAAAGUAUUCUUAACGUAUUUAUAAGUAUUUGUGUAAGUAUGGUUUAUUUCUUAUUCUAGUAAUGCGACUUUGAAAAUCUGUUCAAGUCACAAUGGCUUUAUUAAAACUAAUAAUAAUCCAGCCAUAUUUUUUCUCAGAACCCACACUGUAUAUGAGGAAUUAUUCAUAUAUUAAUAGUUCUGUCCCAUGGAUUUCUUGCAGAUCCGUCCAAGUUUAUUCUUACUUGCUUCGAAAAUAGUUUAUCGUGAUGGUGCGUCACUUAAUAGGCAACUUAACCAGAAUUGAAGACUACUAAACGAGUUUAUUUCCUUCGAGAAACCGAUUAAGUCAACAUGCUAAUAAUAAAAUGAACUAAUCUUAUACUUAAUUACAAAGUUACUCAAAACCACACCUAUGCUCGUGUGUUAUGUUAGUAUACAAUUAAGUAUAAAGAAUCAUAGUAGGAAGGGUCGUCAACUCGUUCUGCACAAAUAACAUGCAAAGAUGCACAAUUUUAGUUCCAAGUCGAGAAACUUCAUAUUAGUCGAAAUAUACAGUGCUGUGUCAAGCAGUCAGGCCAACCUAAGCACUGUACCACACUUCGUUUGUCCUAGACUUUGGUAUUUCUGACCUAGCAAUCAUGAGUAUUUACUGGGCCUGAAUGUAGUACACGCCAUAAUUUCGUGUGCUUCCUACUAGUUUGAAACAAUUAUUGUGAUUAUUAUCAUCCUGAAAAAAGUAUGUGUUUGCGAUUGUAUAGCUUUGAAAAUGAAUUCGCUAAAAAGAGAUCUUUUCGCUGAACCAAUCAUAUUUAAUGUCUUAAUGGGUGUAUUCCGUUUACUUAAACAAAAUAAACAUAUUCUUGUAUUUAAGCUGUGUAGUUAUAGAGUAAUUAUUUAGCACAUCACCUAUCAAAAAGAAACAUGCUGGUUCAACCCCAUUAAUUAUUAAGUAGCUUCUUUCUCAUCUCUAAUCAACUGUUUAUUCUGAAUUAGAAAUCCUAUAGAACUACUCAGUAUCCUCACUCUAGUUCUCCACAAUUCUAUCAUACUGUAAGCUGUUAGAUACACAAGUCGUUUCUCAUGAAUACUACGCUAAAUGAGUGAAAAUUCAAUGUUUUUACGAAUUCUUGUUGCUACAUUAGCAUCGUUGUAUAAAAGAUAUGUAUCACGAUCAAACAUUUGUGUGUACGUGACGUGUUAAUCUGUAAAUACUUUUGUUUACGCUCGACUAAUUCAUGUGCUAAAGUUAACAUCGCCUAGAUAAUCUAUUUAGUCAUUCAAAACAGCCACUCGCUCAGUUUAAUUAAGAGUUUGUAGGGAUUGCCUAAACGUGUGAUUUAUGGGUAAUUUUAGGUGUUCCUUCGCUCCGUGUGGUAAAAACGUAUCAGUCGAUGAUAGGUUUGCUACCAUAAUGAAUCAACUAAAAAAUUGUAUUCCCAAACUUUUGUAUAAAUACAAAUAUUGGGUAAAAACAGCACUACCUUUUCAAAAAUAUAAAAACCCACAAUUAUUUUUUUGUAGUUUCAAUGGAGCAUACCAGUAUCAACUAUCCUGAGAUAUAUAAGGAUGAAUCUACUAUAGAGGAAAAAUUUGAUGUCCAGAUUCAUGAUCCUUACAGAUGGCUGGAAGACCCGGAUUCUGCCCAGACAAAAGCUUUUGUAAAGGCACAAAAUCUGAUAACGGAGCAGUUCUUGCGUAAAUGUCCAUACACUUCGAAAAUCAGAGAUAGAUUAACUGCUAUCUGGGACUACGAAAAAUACUCUUGUCCAUUGAAAUACGGCUCCUUUUACUACAUAUGGCAUAAUAGUGGAUUACAAAAUCAAAGUGUUCUUUAUCAAAUGAAAACGUUGUCAGGACCCACAAACUCGUUUUUAGAUCCUAACGAAAUUGAUCCAGAAGGCCUUACAUCUUUGAGAAACUACAGUUUUUCGGUGGAAGGAACUUAUUGUUGUUAUGGUCUUAGUUUUGGUGGUUCUGAUUGGUCUGAACUUAAAUUUAAAAUCUGCGAAUCGGGCAAAGAUCUGACAGAUGUUUUGAAACAUGUCAAGUUCAGUUCAAUUUCGUGGACGAAGGAUGAGAAAGGUGUUUUUUACUGUAUGUACCCUCAGCACGAAGGUAAAGCGGAUGGUACUGAAACAACUACUAAUACUGAUCAGAAGCUCAUGUACCAUCGUCUGGGUACACCACAGUCAGAUGAUAUCUUGUUCCUGGAACGACCGGAUCACCCUACUUGGAAUAUUCAAGGAGAAGUGUCUGAUUGCGGGAGAUACUUACUGGUAACUUUGUAUGAUGGAUGUGAACCCAAUAACCAGCUUUUCUACUGCGAUCUUGAAAAAUUCGAUCUACUUAUCAAAAAAAAAAUUGAGUUGAUUCCAAUCGUCGAUCGCUUUGAAGCUGUCUAUGAAUAUGUGACAAAUGAAGGUGAUUCAUUUGUAUUUCGCACCAACUUAGAUGCUCCGAUGUACAAGAUAAUCAAAAUCAAUCUUUCUAAUUGUGAUCGUCAACAUUGGGAAGAUCUUAUCGAUCACAAUGUGGAAUCACUCUUAGAAAGUGCAGUUUGUGUGAACGAGGAUAAAUUGAUCAUUUGUCAUCUAAAGAAUGUUAAGAGCUGCUUAUCCGUACACAAACUACUCACUGGGGAGAAGAUAUCGGAUAUUGAUAUUUCACUUGGAUGCGUCGCUAAUGUAACUGGACGCAAACGUGAUGAUGAAGCUUUCAUCCAUUUUACAUCGUUUCUCACUCCUGGAAUAAUUUACUCCUACAAUUUUUCCCACUCUCAUCCAAAGUUAGAGGUUAUCAGAGAGUCAAAGAUUCGGGAUGUAGACUUAGAUCAAUUUGAAGUGAAACAAGUAUUCUAUGAAAGUAAAGAUAAAACUGUAGUUCCCAUGUUUCUUGUUCUACCUAAAAAUUUCCAACAAAACAACUCGGCGCCGUGUCAACUUUACGGCUAUGGUGGAUUUAACAUAUCUGUUACUCCAUCGUUUUCGGUUGGACGAUUGUUUUUCUUGAUGCAUUUUGGUGGUAUAAUUGCAGUAGCCAACAUUCGUGGUGGAGGAGAAUAUGGAAAAUCUUGGCACGACGCCGGUCGGCUGCAAAACAAACAAAACUCUUUCGAUGAUUUCCAAGCAGCAGCCGAAUACCUUCUUAAUCAUGGAUAUACUAACAACCAAAAACUGUACAUUCAAGGAGGUAGUAAUGGUGGACUUCUAGUUUGUGCCUGUUGCAAUCAACGACCUGAUUUAUUUAAAGCUGCUAUUGCUCAAGUCCCAGUGUGCGACCUUAUUAGAUUCCACAAAUUUACGAUUGGACACGCCUGGAAAAGUGACUAUGGAGAUCCUGAUAAUAAAAAGGAUUUUUCAAACUUGAUGCGCAUUUCCCCACUCCAUAAUGUCAAGAUUCCAUCUAAUCCAGAUGUUCAAUAUCCAGCUUUAUUGAUUUUAACUGCAGAUCAUGAUGAUCGUGUUGUUCCGUUACAUUCAUUCAAGUUUAUUGCUACUUUACAAGAAAAAUUAUGUCGCAACUGUCGCCAAACAAACCCUAUUCUGAUUCGAAUUGAGCCAAAGGCUGGACAUGGACAAGGCAAACCAACAUCAAAAUCAAUUAACGAGGUAGUAGAUAUAUACUCCUUCUUACAAACUACAAUGUCACUCACAUGGAAAGAAUAAUAUGGAUUGUUAUCGCAAUUACUAGUCUUUGAAUUUUUGGUACCUAAUAAUCUCGUCGCUGUUGUCAAUAUCUAUAGAUUAAUUUUACUAACUGCCCGCGAUUUGAUUUGUAUGAAGAUCGUCUGUGGUGCUUUGUUUAUUUAUUAACAUUCUUGGCUUUCAUAUAUAUAUUUCGUGUAACUAAACCAAACUUAUACAUUUGUUAUGACGUAUUAAAAAAUAUUUAAUGAUAUUACUAAUCGGUUG